GGUAGCACUGAUAUGUAGUUUACUAAAUGGUAAAGUAUUUAUGGAAUGGCUGAAUUCUGCAGUUUUAAAAGCUUGUCAAUGGCAGAUUAGCACAAUGGAAACAAAUCAAAGUGAAAUUUCAGACAUUUUUGAGGUCAAUUCUACCAGAGGAUUAUCACUGGAUGUGAUCAAGAAGCUGCCAAGUUACAAAUACCAUUCUAUGGAGACAAUGAAAUCAUCUCAAGAGAUAAAUUGCACUAUUUGUUUACAGGAUUUUGAGAAUGGAGAUUGUGCAAGGAUGCUACCAAGAUGUAGACAUUCCUUCCACCUGCACUGCACAGAUGAAUGGCUAAUCCGGAACGGGACGUGCCCGAUAUGUAGAGAAGGUGUUCAAUAAAAUGCAGGAAAAAAAAUCAAGUUGCAGGGAAAUUCUGAAGAAAUGUUCUAUUCAAAUCAUUGUACCAUCUCUUCUAGUCACAGUGGAAUAUUUUUUAAACAAAUGCAUUUUCCAGGA